UUUCAGAUUUACCUCAGAGCUUAGCUUACAAGACAUGCCACACAAAGUUAGCAAAUAAUGGCUUCUUAUAGCCCUAAACUUUUAGAAAAGAAAUUCAUUAACUGGGUUAAAUCUCAAUUAGCAGUGUUGAUUACGAAAGAAGGUAUUGAACCUUUUGUUUGCAAUGAAAUCAAACAAUUCCAAUUGAAAUGCUUAGAUGAUAUAUGUUACCAAAAUGGACUAUUUAGUGGGACUUUGUGUUCAAAUUGUUGUACGGAAAAUGUUAUUAAAUGUCCAACAAAUAAAAUAUGUAAUGUUGGACGUGGAAGAUGCAGUUAUCAUCGAAAUGCUGCAACAAGGUAUAAUCCUGUCGGCUGCCCGAACAAGAUAUGUCAUAAUUUCACAACUGAGAUACAUGAUGCGCAUAGGUACUCUGGUCCAUCUUACAAAAACACUGAUGCUUCACAGUGGUGUAGUAGUUUCUGGGAAGUGGCGAAAUGCUUCAUGCCUCCAGAUGGGUACAAAGAUACAACAUCUGCAGCAGAAACAGACUUCAAUGGUAUAAUCAGCGUUAUUCUCAAUUACAAAGGCUUCCAGGGGAAAAUACAUGAGAACCUGAACAAUAAGACGAAUAUGUUUGAGGAGGCAAGAGAUAUUGGAAGAAAAGUGCGACAUUCCUCAACAUUUGAAGUAGAGGAUACAGAUCUUCAAAAAUACUUCAAGCUAUUUCAAAAACUACUUUCUGAUCAAGUAUAUUUAGCUGCAGACACACAUGCGCAGAAUGCUAAAAAGAAACUGACAGAGUUAGAAAAUGACACUUUAGUCAUUGGUAAAGAUGAUGUAAGAAAAGUACUAGACGAUGUGGCAAAGGCAAUUCAAGACAAGAUGAAGGCUGGAUUAGACGAGCAAUAUGACAGAAUUAAACUAGAUAUGAUAAAAAGAAAACAAGAAGAUCUUCUAUCUCUUCAGUCACAAUUAAAAGAUGAAGCUGAUGCUUCUGUUAAAAGACUGCAUGAAGAACGGGACAAAGAAGUUGGGAAAAUUCAUGAACAAGGAGAAAAGGAACAAGCAGACCUGGCUGCCUUAGGAGAGAUGUUACAAAAAGCACUGAAAAUAGCAAGUAAAGACGAGAAAGAAAAGGAAUAUAUUGAUUCUAAACAAAGUAAGUGAUAUUAAUCACAUAACUUCAUUUAUUUUCUAUAUUUUAUUAAUAAACGUAUUCCUUUGUACUUCACCCCUUACAACAUAUAACCAUUGAAACUUCAGUUUUGCACCAUAUGAU